AUGACGAUAUCAGAGCAAAUGUAUUUGGCUGCCGCAUCUAGGCCAUUACGUGGUACCCUACUGCUGCUGCUAUUCUUGGGCAGCUAUUACUUCGGCAAUCCAUUUUCGGCCACUCCUGCUGUUCCAGGGAAGCCUACAAAAGAAGACGGGACUUCUUGGACCUCCUGGGUAGCUGACUCGGAGCAGGCAAAGAGCCCAGCGAGUAACAGCAGUCUGAAACUGAAUGAGCUGCACGAGAAUGGUCCCAGGAUACGGCAGGCUACAAUGAUAUACGAGACCGACAAAUUCAACAGCGUGUAUGAAAGAGCGGUGGAUUCACAUUUGAGACACGGAGAACGUUGGAAUAACCCGACCCAUAUCUUGCGCCAUGACAUCGUGGACGCCGGAUUCUUCAACAAGCCUGCCUUCCUCCUCGGUAUCGUCAUCAAUGAGAUGGCGAAACCGUACGGAAAGAGGGCGGAUUGGCUCGUGUAUGUGGCCUGGGCUGUUGCAGGCCUUCCGAGGUGGUUCGACGCCGACACAGUCCUUCUGAACAACGAAGUGUCCUGGUCGCUUUUUCUUCCUCCGCCCGAGUUCAACGAAAUCAAUUUCCUCGCCACCAAGGAUCAAAACGGCUUCAAUGCAGGCAUGUUCUUCAUUCGUAUUUGUGAAUGGAGCGUCAACAUGCUUUCUGAGGUUGUAUCUCUACGCCAAUUCAAGCCAACCCUCGAGCUACCUUUCUAUGACCAAAGUGCUAUGCUAUGGGCGAUUGAACGCCCUGGCUAUGAGGAACACGCUGUCUAUCAGCCUCACAAUUGGUGGAACAGUUUUGGUGUCCAAGGUCAACCCAUGCCUACGGACAGGUUCCUCUUGCAUUUUGCGGGUGUGGACUGCUGCGGUGGACCUGAGUCUAAGGGAACGAUCAUGACUAGAUGGCUAGACAAGAUGGACAUCAACCCUGACGAGUAUUCCACGCCAUUGGAUGAUUUGACACUACCGGCAGAAGUCAAGGAAUUCUGGAGCAACCUGAUAACAGCCCGGAAGACCAUGGAGACUGCAGACCAAUGGUCGAUGGAUAACAAAUACGAAGGAAACGAUCUGAAGGCUGCGAGAGUAGAAUUGAGACAGACAAUGAUGAGCGAAGCGGAUGAUUUUGCCAAAAUCAAUGCUGGCGUCAAACGCAUGGAGAACAUCAUGAGCGACGCCUCAAAACGUGUCGACGGAGAUAGGUAA